GGCCAGACUGGUGGACUGGAGAGAAGAGAGUGUUGUAGUCUGUGAUAGAUUUAUUGUGUUUUUUUGUGAAUUGUAUUGUGAAAACUAACACGGGGGGUUAAAUAAUUUUAAUAAUGUCAACGUCGGGGGAUUUUGGCAACCCCUUGAGGAAAUUCAAACUGGUUUUCUUGGGAGAACAAAGCGUUGGAAAAACCUCCUUAAUAACAAGGUUUAUGUAUGACAGUUUCGAUAAUACUUAUCAGGCUACAAUAGGAAUUGACUUUUUAUCAAAGACAAUGUAUUUAGAAGAUCGUACUGUAAGGCUGCAGCUCUGGGAUACAGCCGGUCAAGAAAGAUUUAGAUCACUCAUACCCUCCUACAUUAGGGAUUCAACUGUUGCAGUUGUAGUUUAUGAUAUAACCAAUGCAAACUCGUUUCAUCAAACAUCAAAAUGGAUAGAUGAUGUAAGAACAGAACGAGGUAGUGAUGUAAUAAUAAUGCUGGUGGGCAAUAAAACAGAUUUAUCGGAUAAAAGGCAGGUUAGCACAGAAGAGGGGGAAAGGAAAGCUAAAGAGCUUAAUGUUAUGUUUAUUGAAACUAGCGCGAAAGCAGGAUACAAUGUUAAACAGCUAUUUAGACGCGUUGCUGCCGCUUUACCGGGUAUGGAUUCAACGGAGAAUAAGCCACCAGAAGACACUGUCGACCUCCAAACCCAGCCUCAGCUUCAAAACGACCAACAAGACUCGGAGGGCGGUUGUAUGUGCUGAAACACAAGCACUGGCAUCAUUUAGUUCGAUAAAAACUCUUCAACAAUAGCGUACACCACAAAAUCUAAGCAGUACUUUCAAUGCACACGUUUUCGUGUGCUGUUCGAUGCGCAGAACGCGUCGGAUUUUGGUUUGUCACUGCGCAUCGUCUUUUCUUUCAUAUGUGUAUUUUGCUCAUUGUAUAAGUAAAUUAUUGAGGAUAUUGCUUAAGAUUUACUUGUGUUUACAUAAAAUAGUAGCCUGUGUCGAGAUUUAUUACGUUUCAAACGCUAUUAAGUGUGACGUUUUUGUUGCAACUCGCACAAUAUUAGUCGUCUUGGCAUACACACAACUCAUCAGGUUUUUUGUUCGAGAUUUUUGGAACAAUUUCAUUCAUUUAUUUUGCUACCAAUCAGUUAUACAAAAUCAUUUUUUCUAUGGUAUAUUUGCUUCAUGUUACUGAAUCUAGA